GCGCGGAGCGCAUUUUAUGUACACGCAUACAUUAAAUUUGUAGCUCUGUCUACUGCUCUCGAUUUGUUGUUGUUGACUGCGGUGUGGCGGUGGUUUGUUUACUCGUUAGUUAGUUUGGUUCUUUAGCUGCUACAUUGCUCGCGGCUCGUUCUUGUGCCUAUAUCUGUAAUAUUGUAUACAAAACGAUAUAAAAGUGGUGCCGUAUAGCGAGUGCAUGAAAUAAAACGAUUGUGAUGAUGCGUAUUAUCGGCACGAUGUGCGGCUCUUUAUACAGUGUGUUUGUGCGAUACGACGAUGAUUUGUGCCGCCGCUUCUUCUGCUGACCGAGAAGAACCUGUUGUACCUUCGACUCGUGCGCAUGAUAUACAGGAUUACUCGGCAGAGAAGACGAUGAUGAUGAUGAUGAUGCUUAUGCCGCUGCUGUUGGCGCGAGUUGUUUAGCUCUCUCGUGCAGCGCAGCCUCCGUCUUGUCUGUGUGUGUGCAAACACAGCCGAUACUCUGUAUAAGAACGCACGCGAUCGAGCGAUAUACGCGAGCGGGGACCUACGCAACUUUGGAAGCGCAUCGACCUCUCCGCAUAGUCCACGCAUUUAAUACUCCGAGCUCCGAGCGCAGUUCCUCGUUUUUAGCAUUGAAAAAAAAAGAGUGCCAACAUGACGUCGAAAGCGAAGGCUGGAAAUUGGCUCGUGUUACCGCUGUCACUGCUGCUGUUGCUGCUCAUCGUCGCGGCAAAUCUGGUUGCUGCCUCGGACUUCCGGCAUAUCGCCUUUGAUGAUCUGUCGGAAAAGCAGUCGUUCGAGCAGGAAGGCGUUGCGGCCUAUUCCCAGCUGCUGUUUGACGUCGCCAGACAGCAAGUCGUCGUAGGUGCACGCGACAACCUGUACAGACUCACCCUGACCUCGUUGACGCCGCUGGAGCACGCGGCCUGGCCGGCGUCGCGCGACAAGAGCGAGAUCUGCCAGGCCAAGGGCCAGAGCAUCGACGACUGCCGCAACUACGUCAAGGUGCUGCUGAGCAAUGGCAAGAAGCUCUUCACUUGCGGCACCAACGCCUUCAGCCCGCAGUGCUCGUGGCGCGAGAUCGAGAACAUCAACAGCGCCUCCAAGCCGAUCGCCGGCGUGGCCAUGUGCCCCUACUCGCCGCACUCCAACGUCACGGCCCUGCUGUCCAGGGGACCCGGCGGCGGCCUGUUCGCCGGCACGCCGACCGACUUUUCCGGCGCCGACACGGCCAUCUACCGGAGUCUCGUGACCCCGCAUCUCAGGACGAGGCAGUACGAUUCAAAAUGGCUCAACGAUCCGCAAUUCGUCGGCAGUUUCGAGACGGAGAACUACAUCUACUUUUUAUUCAGGGAGUCCGCCGUGGAGUACAUCAAUUGCGGCAAGCGAAUUUACUCUAGGAUUGGUCGCGUGUGCAAACACGACCAGGGCAGCCCGAUGCUCAUGAAGGACACCUGGACGACCUUUAGCAAGGCCAGGCUCAAUUGCUCCCUGCCCGGCGAGUUUCCCUUCUACUACGACGAGAUUCAAGGGGCGGCUUAUCACGCGGAGGAAGGCCUGGUCUAUGCCACUUUCACCACACCGAGCAAUGCCAUCGCCGGUUCGGCCAUUUGCGCCUUCAACAUGUCGGCGAUCGAGGCGGCCUUCAACGGGCCGUACAAGCACCAGGAGCACUCGGGCGCGGCCUGGGAGCGCAAACCCGUGCAGCAUCAGCACGGCCAGGCCAAGUGCGGCCAGCAGCACAGCAGCGCCGGCGGCGGCCCGCAUCAGGACAAGUCGUCGCAGCACGUGCUCACCGACAAUCAGCGCUAUCAGCUCAUGGACGAGGCCGUCCAGCCGAUAAGUCCUAGGCCACUUCACACCACUACCCUCGAGAGAUUCAGUCAUCUGGCGGUGGACGUGACACCGACGAAGCGUCACAGAGCCGUCGCCGUGCUGUACGUGUCGACGAGCUCCGGCACGAUCAAGAAGAUAUCGGUUUUGCCGGGCUCGCUGGAGACGUGCAUCGUCGAGGUUUGGGGACCGCUCCCGUCGGCGCCCAUCACGCUGCAGUUCCUCAAAGAAACCAAGAGCCUCUACGUUGGUAUGCAGAACUCCCUGCUCAGGAUACCGACGGUGCAGUGCCAUCGUCACCGGGACGCCCAGUCGUGCCUCAAUGCCCAGGAGCCCUACUGCGGCUGGGACGAGCACCUGAUGCGCUGCGCCCCGGCGCCGAGCCAGACACCCGGCGGCUACCAGUCGAACCAUUGGAAGCAGGAGCUCGACAAGUGUCCCGUGCUCGACGGCCCCAUCAACGGCGGCUGGAGCGCUUGGGGCUCGUGGCGUAGCUGCCAGUUCGAGAGUGGCCAGGCUGUGGCGAGAUCGGCCAACGAUAACGAGAAUACGGACAGCUGCAUGUGUCGGACGCGCGAAUGCAACAACCCCGAGCCGAAGAACGGCGGCGAGUCGUGCAAGGGUGCCCAAGUCCGAGUGACCAACUGCACGGUGCACGGCGGCUGGACCGACUGGUCGGACUGGUCCGGUUGCAAUAAAAACUGCGGGCUCGCGUUGAAGACGCGACGUCGCACCUGCUCCAAUCCAACUCCACAGCAUGGUGGACGCGUCUGCCUCGGCGCCGACCACGAGGAAGCUUACUGCAACGAUUUGCCGCCCUGUUCCCUGCACGGCGACAAGAUCGCAGCCGCUACCGCGGCGGUCGCGCCAGCGACACCGACCAAGGGUGUGUGGUCCGGCUACGGGCCCUGGACCAGUUGCUCGAAAAAAUGCGGAGGAGGUUUCCGCACGAGGCGCAGGACUUGCGAGCCUCAGUCGAGACACAAGGACAGCAAAGUCGAGUGCGUCGGCUGCGACUUCCAAAUCGAGGAAUGCAACUUGCACGCGUGUCCCGAACCGAAACGCUUCCUGUCGACUCCUUGGAUACUGGCUGGCAACUCGAGCUCCGAUACGAGACUGGAGAAGCGUUACAAAUUUGCCUGUAAAGCUUCGACCGACGACAUAUCCAGCAUCAAGAUACAGGCAAAGGAAGAGGAGAGACACUGUCGACCCGAUGGUUCGUGCACCCGUAGGCCAGCCCCAGUGAGCAAUCUCAAUCUCGAGGCCAGCGCCGAUUCCUCUUGGAACGAUUGGUCACCGUGGUCGGCCUGCUCGCAGACUUGCGGUGGUGGCAUUCAGUACAGAAUGAAAAAUUGCGACACGUCCACGUGCGAAGGUCCCAUGACCGAAUCGCGUCCCUGCAACACGAAACCGUGCCGACUGACCUUCAGCCAGCAGACGGACAGCAGCUUGGAAAUCACGGAGCAGUCGGCCACGACGAUGGGCCAAUGGAGCUGCUGGACCGACUGGACCGAGUGCUCGGCCGUCUGCGGCUUCGGUCUGCGCAGCCGAACCCGAGUCUGCCUCGGACCCGGCGAGUGCCAAGGCCUCAGCAGCAUGACCGAGUCCUGCGAGAUGCCCAGCUGCGAGUACUUCCGCGGCUGGGACGAGUGGUCCGCCUGGACGCCCUGCGACAGCAGCAACUCGCAGCACCGUAAACGCAAGUGCACGGUGCAGCCCAACGGCGAGGACUGCAUCGGACCGACCAAGCAGACCAGAUGGUGCGCCAACGAAUUUUAUGGAAACGAUGUUAAUGCAUUGCCAUCGAGGGUAGAAGCGGCUGGAGUUGCCGUUGGUGCCGUGGUUGGCAGCUGCAUAAUUGGUUUUCUUCUUGGUUUGUUGAUGACUGCCAUCAUAUGCUUCUACUAUAUGAAACGCAAGAAGCCCGGUCUGCCUAGUAAUCCGCAUUAUAUAAGCAGGCAAAAUCCCUACGUCACCGUGCCUUUGAAAGAGCAGGUCAAACAAACGAAUAACAAACCAGUAAAGCGCCAGCCCAGCUUCACCGGCAGCAUAAAUGGUACUCUGCGCUCGAUCAAAAACAACAGCCUGAUAAACGGCGGCCAUCAUCAUUCGAAUCACCAGUGCAACCAUCAUCAUCAUCAUUCGCAUCAUCACAGUUGCAACGGUGUCAACAGCCUGCCCAAGCUCUAUCCAAAAGCACUCGAGUACGAAUCGGCGACGCUCAAGCGCAACAGCCGCGAGGCCGUCAUACGUGCUGAGCUCGAUCAGUACUAUUAGAGAAGACAACCCGUGAGAGACUUUUUUCACGACCACAAGACUGUGUAAAUUUCGUUUUCAACAAAAAAGAGUACGAGAAAAAAGAAUCGAGCUCAUUUGUCAUGGGUAAAAAGUAUUAUAUAUUGACGGAAUUUAAGGACAAUAGCAUAUAAUGACACUUUAUUAUCAUGAUAUACUCGAUUUCAACGACUCUUAGUGAUAACUAAACGUUUCGCGAUUUCAACGUAACUUUGAAUUUAGUUUUAUAACUAUAAUUAUAAAUAUUAAAUUUAAGCAUAUACGAGAAUGAAAAAGCUUUCGGACAAAUUAUAUUAUGUAUAUUAUCAUUGUUAAGGAUUUGAGAACGACUAAUUAUUUUUAAUAAUCGUACAAAAAGAGGCAAUCUUCCGAUGAUGUAUGCAUGUUAAUGUAUUUUUUAGAAAGACUAUAGUGGUUUUGAAAGCUAUAGCGUGACAAUCCGUAAAUCGCCGAAUUUCGAGAUUUAUUACUAUACGAUACGCUAAUGUUUUUUCGCAAUAUUAACAUUAGUCAUUAAUUAAACUGAUCGAUUUCUACAAUCGAAAAAUGUAUGUUAUUUUAUGUGCGAGUGUGUAAAUAGUUAGAAAAUCGAAUUUUUGACGUUUGAGUAUACGUGUGCGCGUUGUAAUUUGGGGCAUUCUCUCAUUUCAUUUGUAUAAAAAAACUUCACAAAUGUGUAAUUGAAAUUUUUACGCGUUGUUUCAUUCUUCACUCUCGUUUAAAUUGUGAAAACGUGAAAUAUAUAAAUAUAUAUUUAUAUAAAUGAAUUUAAAAGCGGAUAUUAUAUUAUAUUUAUAGAAAAUAGCAUAUCUAAUAGGAUAAACAGAGAUUUAUUAUAAUGUUAAGAAUCCCUGCACAUCUAUAUAUUUUGUAAAUAGCGUCUCUGUAAGAUGUAAGUAUUUUAUACUCGUAAAAAGCGUCGUAAUAUUUUUUAAGAACUCUUCGUUUUUUUAUAAUGAUAUUGUACAUUUACUAUUAUUAUUAUUUUUUUAUUAAGUCUUAAAUUUUGUAAACUAUAUACAGAGUGCCAGGAACGUGUGUAUUUUCGCCCGUAAAUAAGUAUCACUUUUUCCUUUACAAAAAAUGUCGAGCAAACAUUCGAAUAUAUAUUCUACGGUGUAUUUUGUGAAAGUCAGCGUGCCUUUUGAAAUAGACUAAAAGAAAAAGGAAACUGCAAUUAUGUGAGGAUUUCCUUUUGAUUGACAAAGAAUAAGGAAGAGAAUAAGAAAGCGGAAGUAGAUGAGCAAUAUAUUUUGGCUCACAUUGAGUCGAAGCCAAGACACUAUUUAACUACGCGUUAUUUGAAUUGAAAUUGAAUGACUGCCACCUUCUUUCUUUAAUGAAAGUGAAAAAAAUGUAACGUCAACUUCCGAUUUUAGGCAUUUAUUCGUACAACCCAGGAUAUUGUGCGGCAUAUGUAUGAAUCUACGAAACUUUAGUAUUGAAUAUGCGGGGAUACGCAACAGCGAUAUUUUUUGUGACUUUUUAUCGUUUACUGAUAAAAUAAACGUUUGUAAUAA